UAUCCGCAAUCCCCCUGCAGACGGGCGACCUGCCGCUGUCCCUUCCCGGCUAAGGCUAAGCCGCGCCACCCUUCAUUGCUCGCUCGACGCACGGAAUCAGCUAGGAUAGUUUGCGCGAUGACUGCAAAAACCAGUAGGGAGGAGAGAGGCAGCAGCAGUGGCAAGUGGUCUGGGGUGAGGGCGACCGAAGCUGCGAUGAAGAUGUGGAAAGUUCGGAAAGAUAUCAUAAAGCAGGCUCAAGCUAAGGAACAGUUCUUCAGGGAAAAGGAACCUGACCGACAUGUUACUCCAUUCAAACCUACAAAAUUUGGUGGCUGCAUCCAGGAAAUUUCAGAUUCGCAUUUCAGCCACAGUGUUGUCUCAAUUGCUCUUCUCCAGGGAGAAAAGAUAGUAUUCGCAUGCUCCGGAACAGCCGUACGACGCUGGAACAAUAUAAUACAAGAUCCCCAUACAGUAUUUGUGACUAGCUCACGUUUGGUGGUGGAAUUUGAGAAUAACAGAACCAGAGAUGAUGAUUUUGUGGUUCAAGUCCGUCGUCCUGAUGGUACAACUAUCCAUGGGUUGUUGGGCUUAUGGGAUGAAAAAAUGGAAAUUGCUAUUGUCACGGCCUUCAACACCCGAUAUCUCUACCCUGUGGAUACAUGUGGCCCUCUGGAUCUGCACCGAGACGACACACAUAACCUUAAUCUUUUUGCAGCUGGUCGUGACUUCGACGGCACUUUGAUGAGCAUAAAAUGCAAUGAUCCUCAUUUCAAAGAUGGCAUUGGGUUUUGCAAAUGUGGUGUCACAGAGGCUGGACUUGGAGGGCCAGUUAUACUAUUUAAUGGCAGUGAAGGGCGCCUUGCUGGGGUGAUAACUAGGUUGUGUCAAGGCGGUUUCUUGUUCAUACCAACGGAGCUACUUCAUGAACGGUUGCAGCAAUUUGAGAUACCCAGUAAUACUACCCGGUUCCGUGAAUAUUCCUUGCCUCAGGGUGCAUCCUGCGUUGUCCCUUCAGGAUUUAAGGUCAGAUCUAAGAUGCUUGAUUCUUUGGGCUACCCCCUACCACCACCACUUGUGUUUGAGUAUAAUGGGCGAUUAGUUGGUACAUUCGAAGAAAGGUUUGGUGAAGUUCACUACUGGAAAGGGUAUCGUUUAGACAUCUACGCCAACUAUGAGAAGCCUCUCUGGAAGCAACUUGGAAAAAAAGUUGUUGAGCGUGUAUGUAGAAGUGUUGUCUCAGUUGCUUCAUUCAAUGGUAACGGCACGAGGUGUUUUGCUUGCACAGGUUUGCUUAUAACUAUUGAGGACCGCAUGUUUGUCCUUACUUCGGCCAGUUUGGUUAGAACUGGUGAUGCUGAAGACAACAUUGAUCCGAACUUGAUGAUUAAUGUGUUUCUCCCGCCAGAACAAUCAGUGGUGGGGAAACUAGAAUUUUACCAUCAAGAUUACAACAUUGCCAUUGUCGGUAUCGAGGAUAAUCUCGCUGAUGUUUGUCCACAAGAUAUCUUCGGAGUCACAAAGUCAUCUAAAUCUGAGGUGGUAGCUAUUGGGCGUACAACUAGAGAAAAUGAUGGGUUAUUGAUGGCCUCAAAGGGUAACAUGAAAUGUAUAAGUACAAGAAACAAGGAUUUGGGUUCAAAACUUGAUUGCAAAGAUCUCAAACUGUCAACUUGUCAAAUCAAGAAGGUUGGGAUUGGAGGGCCCCUUAUUUGUCUUGAUGAUGGGAGUUUUGUUGGCAUGAACUUCUAUGAUGAAAGUGGUACAACUCCUUACCUGCCAAGGAGCAGUAUUCUAAAAGUUCUAAAGAGAGGGCGUAGUCUUCUGUCACAAGGGUAAACUUUUUUCUCUUGAUGUUGGCUGGCAGACAUGUCUAUCCCACAAACUUUCAUUGACAAAUAUAUGUUGGACAACAAGAAAUUGCUCCCUCCCAUUAUGCUGGACACAAAGAGAAGGGGUAACGCUACAAAGAGGAACCGGUAAAGCUUUCUAUUUCUCAAUGCCACUUGUUUGUGAUAGCAUACUGUUUAUUUGACAAUGGAC